AUAGACAUCACUCCAGUUCAUUGUUCAGUCAUUCAACCAUCUCGCAGAUAUAAUCUUGGAGGCCAAUAUUGGCAAGAGUUUUUGUAUAGUGUAAAAUUCAACAUUAGGAAUGACAAGAUUAAACUGGAGAAAUAUAGAAACAGUACUGCAGACAAUAUGGGUCGGAAUUUGGUUCAACCUGUUCACAUAUGGUGGAGUUGUUUUGGGCAUCGGUCUGAUGGCAAAGCUGUUGCUUUCGCAGUAUUGGUGGCUCGGGGUCCUGUAUUCCAUAUGGAUUUAUUAUGACGACAAGCCUAGGAGAGGCGGCCGGGUAUGGUUCAAACACCUGUUUUUCCUCGAUUGGUUCCGGUCGUACUUUCCACUGAAGUUGAUCAAAACAGUAGACUUAGACCCGACUAAGAACUACAUAUUUGCCAGCUACCCUCACGGCACCUUCGCUGUUGCCGCACUGCACACUACUGCCACCAAUGGUAGAAACUUCACCAAACUGUUUCCUGGACUAUCAGUGCGAAUGAUUAUACAUAACUUCUUCUAUUUUGUUCCAUUCUAUAGGGAAUUAAUGCAAAUUUUUCCCACCAUCGACAGCUCAGCACAGAGUAUUAAGUAUGUCCUAGACAAAGACAGAUAUAAAGGAAUAUGCGCAGUGAUCAUAAUUGGAGGUGCGCGGGAGGCGCUUGAGUCGGCUCCUGGUAAACACCGAUUGGUUUUCUACCAAAGACAAGGUUUCAUUCGUGUCGCCAUUCAAACUGGCGCAUCUAUUGUACCAAUGUACUCAUUCGGCGAAACAGAAAUAUUUGGGAAGACCACAUAUGACAACAAACUGUUACUCAGGUUCCAACACUGGUUCCUGAAUAUGUUUGGAAUCAUGGUGAUGAGGAUGGAUGGAAGAGGACCAUUAGGACGGAUACCACUGAAGACACCGGUCAAUGUUGUGGUUGGUGCUCCAUUACAUGUGAAGAAAAACCCGAAUCCGAGUAAAACAAAUAUUGAAGAAGUCCAAGCACAGUUCAAGGAAAGACUAAUAGAACUAUUUGAAAGGGAGAAAUCUAAAUAUCUCGAGAAUUAUGAGAGUUUACAUUUAGAAUUCAUAUAGACUGAUCAAUAUAAUUAAGAUGAAGAAGAAAAAGUGUUGGCACUUGUAGGUUAAAUCUUACAAGUUAAAUUCGACCCGCUUCCCGAUUUGACAAACAGUGCGCUUAGUGUUAAACUUGGAAUAGACCUUUAGUUCUAACUAGCGGCCUGUCCCUGCUUCGCUCGAGUAAAAACAUGAUAAAUUAUAUCCCUUAACCUUCCCCAGUAAUCACUCUAUCAAUGGUGAAAAUCCGUGCAGUAGUUUUUGAGUUUAUCGCGAACAGACAGACCCGGCAGAGAAUAUUGUUUUAUAAUAUGUAGGGAUAACAAUAUUUAUUAUGAUAUGUUAUGAUAUGUAUGACAACAUCUCCACGUUAUCAUCAGGAAUAAAUAAAAUAAAAUAUGAUUUUAAAAACAUUUCAGUUAAAAUUUCAUUCUUCACAAAUUCCAAGAGCAGCCAACACACCCAAUUAUAAUUUCAUUGACAUCCUUUGCUGUCAAUCGACAUAGGUAUUAUCGUUCCGUUUUGUGAGCGUAAUAAGCGACGAUUGCUACAAAACAUAAAAUGUGGCAUAGAGCAAUAGGUUUAUUCCUUACGGUACAAAUGACAUUACCAUCUUAAAUAGCAAAUUUUCUUUCAAGAAAAGAGUUCAUGCUCAUCUUUUGGACUCCUUUUCCUCCUGAUUUUCUCUUUUCUGUUUAGCGUUUGUCUGUUGUAUCUGUAUUUCUUGGACAUAAUUUUUAUUAUUUUGGUUUGUAUGUAUUCAUAUAUUGAUAUAUAUGUAGUCUUAUGUAUAUAUGCUUUGCUAUUUAUAUUUUAUAUAUGUAGUUAUUAUUGUAUUUUAGUAUGUGGUAGUACUUAUUUGUGUUUAAGAUAUUUUUGCGCCGCACAACUUUUCUCUGUUUCUCCUAAUGGUCAGCUGGGAGAGAAUGCUUAUAGCAUUAAGUUCGCCAUUUAUUUAUAAGUAUGUUUUUACAUGGAACAAUAAAGUUUUGUAAAUAAAUAAAAAAUAAAUGUAUUGUUAUUUUUA